GUCUUUGUUUACAGCAGAGAACAGGGAGCGGUUUAGGAGGGGAUAGCUGUCUAACUUUCGGGCGUUGUAACGCGAAAAGCUCACAUUGCUGCGCGAGUUGGAAACAGAACGCAAACAUGGUGGCAAUGACGAAAAAAGUGAAAACCUUCCAGGUCGUCCUGUCGGACCCGUGCAAAUCGUUUUACUGCGGCGGGGACCGGGUCAGCGGUCGGGUCGAGGUGGAGGUGUCCGAGGUGACCCGUGUGUCCGCCGUCAAGCUGCUGGGUCUGGGCUGCGCGAAGGUGGAGUACGCUAAAGGCAAGCAGCGGUGCCGCCAGGAGGCCGAGUACCUUCGGUACGAGGAGGUUCUGAGUCUGGGCGACCAGCCCGCAGACUCGGACGGAUCCGUAGUUCUGAGACCCGGUAACAAGUAUGAGUACCCGUUUGGGUUCGACCUUCCUGAGCAGGGUCAGCUGGUGUCGUCAUACAAGGGCAAGUUCGGUUACGUCCAGUACUAUGUCAAGGCCCAGAUGGAGAGACCUCAGCAGCCCACGGUGGAGAGCAAGAAGUACUUCGAGGUGGAAGAACCUCUGGAUGUGAACACUCCGGACCUGCUGUCUCCUGCUGGCGGCAUGAAGGAGAAGAAAGUCACCUGCAUGUUCAUCCCUGAUGGCCAGGUGUCGCUCAACGCUAAAAUUGACCGCCGUGGUUUCUGCGAGGGUGAAGACAUCUGCAUCAACGCCAAAUUUGAGAACACAUGCUCCCGCAUUGUGGUCCCGAAAGCCGCCAUCAUAGCCAAGCACACAUACCAGGCUAACGGGCGCACCAAAGUUUUCCGCCAGAAGCUUUCCUCUGUGCGUGGAAACCACAUCAUCUCAGGGAUGUGCGACGCCUGGCAGGGGAAGACCAUCAGGGUGCCGAAGAUCAAACCGUCCAUGCUGGGCUGCAACAUCAUCCGAGUGGAGUACGCCCUGAUGAUUUACAUCCACAUCCCCGGCAGUGAAAAGCUUAUCCUGGAGCUGCCCCUGGUCAUUGGGACAUCUGGGAUUGGCAGUCGCACUAACAGUGUGAGCAGCCAGGAGGGUUCGAUCAGCACUGCCUCUCAGAGCUGGGUGUCCCUCAGGAUGCCCGCUGAACCCCCGAGCUACUGUGACAUCACUAAAGACUGCCGUCUGGACCAGCCGCUCACGCCUCUUCUAGAUGAUGUGGACUGUGAUGACAGUCCCAUCUUUAUGAACGCUCCCAGCUUCCAGUUCCCAUCCCCUCCAGCCUACUCUGAGGCUGAGGAGUACAAGGGGAAUGCUCAGAUGCUUCCUGUCUGCUAAAAGUCCCGAAUCCUGGAGGGGUUGUCCACCUCUCCGAUUGUUCUUCUAAAGCGCUUCCAAAAAGCUGAAGGUCCAAACUCCAGAUGGGAUGGGAUGUUGGAUGGAGAGUUGAACAGAAAUGCACUUGCCUGUUACCAUGCUUCGUCUUCCAUGCUGAUGCAGAAUCUCCCUCCUGGAGCUGUUUGGGUCGGAGUCCUGAAGCCAUCACUUCCAGAGCCUGUCCACAGGCCCAAGAGGCAUUUGAGUUGGAUCCAACCUGCUGAGAUGUCUUCAUGAAUCAUUCCAGUCAGGACUUAAGGAGCUGCUGUUUCGUUGAGGUGUAGGAACAACAUUCUCCUGAAGAUUACAGAACUCUAAUGCUGAGUGAUGUUUCCAGAUGUUUGAAGCCAUUUCUUCAUGUUUCCUGUAGCACUUUGUACUUUCUCCACGUCUGCUGACCAGGUUGUCUCUGAACAAUAUUUUUAUGUUGGAAUGACUUUUAUUUUCCAGUUUCCAGGAACCUACUUCUGAGAUUUGCCAUUGGCAGUUUUUUUUUUUUUUUUUUUUUUUUUUUUUUUGCUGGAAAAACAGAGAUUCAGCAACUCAGACCUGAUGAAAGCACCUUCUAGAACAUCAGCUCCAGUUGUCUCAGGCAACAUUUCUGUGAUGGUUCUGUAGUUUUUCUGUUGGCUCAAACAGAACUGCAGCGAAUGGCUGAUGUGGAAAUGUUUUAAUGUAUCAUUUAUACGUUAAGUAUUUUUGUAAGAAGCCCUAUGGGUCUGUUUUCUAUUAAAGGCACAAUGUUAAAUGA